GAUUGUAAUGAUAAUUAAUUGUUAUAUUUAAUGAUACCAUUGAAACAAAGUGAUUACAAUCAAAUUAGAUUUAGUUUCUCAACUAACAACAUAACAGAUUUUUUUGUGUUUUUAAAGUUUAUUUAAGUAAAUACCUGUUAACAAUUUAGAGACAAUGUCUCCAACUCAGCUUACAAUUAACAAUAAUGGUGUUAAUUGUAACGGUGAAUCAACACCAAAUGAAUUUAGUUACAAUUAUGAACGAGUUGAAGCAAUUGCUAAAUUCAUCUCAAGUAAGACAACAAUUAAACCUAAAUUAGGUAUAAUUUGUGGAUCAGGUUUAAAUGGAAUCACUGAUCAACUGAUUAACAGUCAAAUUGUUAAAUACAAAGAAAUCCCUGAUUUCCCACAAUCAACAGUCGCUGGUCACGAUGGUCUACUUGUAUUCGGCAUGUUGAGUGGUGUGCCCACUGUCGCUAUGAAGGGUCGAUUCCACUCGUGAGGAUACGAACCCUGGAAAUGCGCUUUGCCCGUUCGAGUGAUGAAAUUACUUGGAAUUGAGAUUCUAAUUGUUACCAAUGCUGCUGGUGGAUUGAAUCCCGAUUUUGCCGCUGGUGAUAUAAUGAUAAUCAAAGAUCACAUUAGUUUACCGGGUCUUUCAGGGGACAGUCCACUUAAGGGUCCGAAUGACGAUCGAUGGGGACCCAGAUUUCCUCCGUUAAAUCGAGCUUAUGAUGUUGGCCUAAUGUCCAUUUUCCAAUCGACUGCCGUCCAGUUAGGUCUUGAGAAAGGUGUUCGCAAGGGUGUUUACUUUAUGGUCUCUGGACCGGCUUAUGAAACGGUGGCCGAGUGUCGAGCCAUCAGGCUACUUGGUGCCGAUGCUGUUGGAAUGAGUACAACUCAUGAAGUGACCGUUGCCGCUCAUUGUGGCCUCAAAGUUUUAGGUUUAUCUUUGGUUACCAAUAAAACAAUCAUGGAUUGGGACUCGGUUGAUGAACCAAAUCACGGUGAAGUGCUGGAAGUUGCUUCAAAACGAGCUACUGACAUGGAAUUGUUAAUUAAAUCAUUCGUAUCAACCGUUUUCUCAAUUAGUAGUUAAUUACAAGUUAUCUUCAACAAUUACACUUGUUGAUCAACAAUUAUCACGCCAUCGGUUUAAAUUGUUCCAGGUUUUUCCUCUUCAUUUAUUGUUACCAGUAAUCAUCUUUUCCUCUGAUCAAUUGAUCGAUAAUUGAUUAUCAUUGAUCACAAUCAACAAUCAAGAGUUGAUUUCAAGUCAUCAAGUAUUAACACAAAUCCUUUUAAAUCGACAAUUUAAUUGAUCUAAUCAUAAAUCAAUCAAAUCAACAAUCAUUUAGACAACCCAAUUGACUUGUUUACUAUCAUAUGACAAAUGGUAAACUUUGUCUUUAAUUACAAUUGGAAUUGUUUUUAUCCCAACAAUUAAAAUUUUACCAAAUCAAAAUGUUUCACUUUUUAUCCUUAUUCACAAUCUAAUCGUGUCCAUAUUUAGUCAAUCCAAUUUGAUUAAUAAUCAAUGAUUCCAGUUAAUCAUUAUGAAAAAUUAUUUCGUUUUACAAGUAAUUCAAUUAAAUAUUAUUCAUAAUUAUGGUUUAUUGAUAAUCUGAUUAAUUCAAUUGAAGAUAAAACAAUUUUAAUUAGGUAAACAUAAUUAGAUAAUUAAACCAAUUCAAUUGAUUUUUCCAAUUACUCAUCAUUUAAAUCACGAUUGUAAUUCAAUUUAUUAUAAAAAAGGUUAAUUGUCAACGAUUUAUGUUCACUUUCAUUUCAUUCAAAGUACUGAACUUAAUUGGAAUUUGUAUUUGACUUAAUUAACUAUAUUCCAUCAUCGAAAUGGUUAAUCAUCCUCACCACCACCCGGAGCCUCAUCAUCACCCUCACCACCCUGAACCUCCAGUCGUGGUUCCAGUGCCAGUUCAAGUUCCAGUGGUUAUUUCAGUGACCAGAAAGGCUCCAGCUCCACCCCACCCACAUCAGCCUCCACCACCACCGCCAGUUCAUCAUCAUCCACCGCAUCCUCAUCAUCCGCCGCACCCAUCGCACCCACCGCAUCCUCAUCACCCUCCACCACCGCCACCAGUUCAUCAACAUCACCACUGAGCUUGAUUUCCCCACCACAAUUGGACUUGUGGACGAAAAGACCAACGUCCAAAGUGUUUCCCAAUCAAAUGUUGAGAUUAUCAUCUAACUAACAAUUAGUUAAUUAAACACAAAUUAUGUAACAAUUGUGCAACUCAAAUACAAAGAAAAGUUGAACAGUAAACAAAUCAAUUGAUUUAAA